AGAGAGAUAUGAUUGUUGAACCAAAUUCAGAUUUUCCACAUCUCUGUAAUAUAUUCCACGUUGAUGUGCUGACAAAUGAGUUGUCAUUUUGUCACAACAUAACCUUUUCUCUGUUUGUUUUCUAUUUGGCUAUGUUACACACUUAAGAGACUUGUUUUACUUUUUCACCAGUUUUUCUUGCUCCAGCAGCCCCUCCUCAAAACAAAGGAAGAAGAUGGAUUUGAUAACUAAUGUGAGUGAGUAUGAAGCAAUUGCAAAACAAAAAUUGCCAAAGAUGGUUUAUGACUACUAUGCAUCAGGGGCAGAAGAUGAAUGGACAUUGAAAGAAAACCGAAACGCGUUUUCAAGGAUUCUGUUCAGGCCGCGAAUUCUUAGGGAUGUAAGCAAUAUAGACUUGACAACAAAUGUAUUAGGCUUUGAUAUAUCAAUGCCUAUCAUGAUUGCUCCUACAGCUAUGCAAAAGAUGGCUCACCCUGAAGGAGAAAAUGCUACUGCUAGGGCAGCAUCAGCUGCUGGCACAAUCAUGGUACUAUCCUCAAGGGCUACUUGCAGUGUUGAGGAGGUUGCUUCAACUGGACCCGGCAUUCGCUUUUUUCAACUCUACUAAUGAUCUCAAUUAUCUUAGGUACUUAAAGACAGAAAUGUGGUUACUCAGCUUGUGAGAAGAGCUGAAUCUGCCGGUUUCAAAGCAAUUGCGCUUACAGUUGACACUCCACUUCUUGGUCGUAGGGAAGCUGAUA